CGGGCACGCACGGGGCAGGCCCCUCGCGGCGCGCGCCUCAGGGGCCGUUAUCCCGCGGGCCACGCACGCGCAGCAGUGAGGGGGCGCGCGCGCGGGAGCGGCGGCCGCAGGAAGGAGGCGCCGCCGCCGCCGCCAUUGCGAGCAGGCGGCAGGCGGGGAGCGCGCGAGGCCGGUCCGCCCGCCCCCCGGCGCCCGCCCCUCCCCCCCGUCCCCUCCCCGCCCCCCGCCCCGAGGGAGCGCCGCGGCCGGCGGGAGGAGGAGGUGGAGGAGGCGGAGGAGGGAGCCCGCGAGGGAGGGUCCGCCCGGCCCCCCGCCGCCGCCACCGCCGCCUCAGCCGCCUCAGCCGCCUCAGCCGCCGCCGCGGGACGACGAGCCGCAGAAACAUGGCGCCGGGGCCGCCGUCGCCGCGGCCGGGAUCCCCGCGGCCCGGGCCGCGCUGAGGGCGCCCCGCCGGAAGAAAUGUUGGCUCUCUGGCGAUGAGAAGUGGCCAGAACUGACCCCGUCCUAGUGAAGCUACACAAUGGGCAGCCGGCCCCCACUGAUGGUGUCAGCGAGCCGGUGGGGCCCCUGGGGAACACGAGUCUGAUCCCGGACGUGGCCGACUGCGGCAGGAUGUGUCGACAAUGAUGAUGGCAAGAAAGCAAGAUGUCCGCAUCCCCACCUACAACAUCAGCGUGGUGGGCUUGUCCGGGACCGAGAAGGAGAAGGGCCAGUGCGGCAUUGGGAAGUCUUGUCUGUGCAACCGUUUUGUGCGCCCGAGUGCCGAUGAGUUCCACCUGGACCACACUUCGGUGCUCAGCACCAGUGACUUCGGGGGGCGGGUGGUCAAUAAUGACCACUUUCUCUACUGGGGCGAAGUUGGCCGCUCCCUGGAGGACUGUGUGGAGUGUAAGAUGCAUGUGGUGGAGCAGACUGAGUUCAUCGACGAUCAGACCUUCCAGCCGCACCGCAGCACGGCCCUGCAGCCCUACAUCAAGCGUGCGGCUGCGACCAAGCUCGCAUCGGCCGAGAAACUCAUGUACUUUUGCACUGACCAGCUGGGGCUGGAACAGGACUUUGAGCAGAAGCAGAUGCCGGAUGGGAAGCUGCUGAUCGACGGCUUCCUCCUGGGCAUCGACGUCAGUCGGGGCAUGAACCGGAGCUUCGACGACCAGCUCAAGUUCGUCUCCAACCUCUACAAUCAGCUUGCAAAAACCAAGAAGCCCAUCGUGGUGGUCCUGACCAAGUGUGAUGAGGGCGUGGAGCGGUACAUUCGCGACGCACACACUUUUGCCUUAAGCAAAAAGAACCUCCAGGUCGUGGAGACCUCGGCCCGGUCCAACGUGAACGUGGACUUGGCUUUUGGCACCUUGGUGCAGCUCAUCGACAAGAGCCGGGGGAAGACGAAGAUCAUCCCGUACUUCGAGGCCCUCAAGCAGCAGAGCCAGCAGAUUGCCACGGCCAAAGACAAAUAUGAGUGGCUGGUGAGCCGCAUUGUGAAGAGCCACAACGAGAACUGGGCAAGCGUCAGCCGCAAGAUGCAGGCCUCCCCCGAGUACCAGGACUAUGUCUACCUGGAGGGCACCCAGAAGGCCAAGAAGCUCUUCCUGCAGCAUGUCCAGCGCCUGAAGCAUGAGCACAUUGAACGAAGGCGGAAGCUCUACCUGGCUGCCCUGCCACUGGCCUUUGAGGCGCUGAUCCCCAGCCUCGAGGAGAUCGACCAUCUGAGCUGCAGCAAGGCCAAGAAGCUGCUAGAAACCAAGCCUGACUUCCUGAAGUGGUUUGUGGUGCUGGAGGAGACCCCAUGGGAUGCCACCAGCCACAUCGACAACAUGGAGAACGAGCGCGUCCCUUUCGACCUGAUGGACACGGUGCCUGCCGAGCAGCUGUUCGAGAGCCACCUGGAGAAGCUGCGCAACGAGAGGAAACGGGCUGAGAUGCGGAGGGCGUUCAAGGAGAACCUGGAGACAUCGCCCUUCAUCACGCCCGGCAAGCCCUGGGAGGAGGCCCGCAGCUUCAUCAUGAAUGAGGACUUCUACCAGUGGCUGGAAGAGUCCGUCUACAUGGAUAUCUACGGUAAACACCAGAAGCAGAUCAUUGACAAGGCGAAGGAGGAGUUCCAGGAACUGCUUCUGGAGUACUCAGAGCUGUUCUACGAGCUCGAGCUGGACGCGAAGCCCAGCAAGGAGAAGAUGGGAGUCAUCCAGGAUGUACUAGGGGAGGAGCAGCGAUUCAAAGCACUGCAGAAGCUCCAGGCAGAGCGGGACGCCCUCAUCCUGAAGCACAUCCACUUUGUGUACCACCCCACGAAGGAGACAUGUCCCAGCUGCCCCGCCUGCGUGGACGCCAAGAUUGAGCACCUGAUCAGCUCCAGGUUUAUCCGCCCCUCCGACCGGAAUCAGAAAAACUCCCUCUCUGACUCCAACAUCGAUCGGAUCAAUCUGGUCAUCCUGGGCAAAGAUGGCCUCGCUCGAGAGUUGGCCAAUGAGAUCCGUGCACUCUGCACAAAUGAUGAUAAGUACGUGAUCGAUGGGAAAAUGUAUGAGCUCUCACUGAGGCCCAUUGAGGGCAAUGUCCGGCUCCCCGUGAACUCCUUCCAGACCCCGACCUUCCAGCCCCAUGGCUGCCUCUGCCUUUACAACUCCAAGGAGUCACUGUCCUAUGUGGUGGAGAGCAUCGAGAAGAGCCGGGAGUCCACCCUGGGCCGGCGGGAGAACCACUUGGUCCAUCUCCCCCUGACACUGAUUUUGGUGAACAAGAGAGGCGACCCCAGUGGUGAGACUCUGCACAGCCUGAUCCAGCAAGGCCAGCAGAUUGCCAGCAAGCUGCAGUGCGUCUUCCUGGACCCAGCUUCUGCUGGCAUCAGUUACGGCCGCAAUAUCAAUGAGAAGCAGAUCAGCCAAGUGCUGAAAGGCCUCCUGGACUCCAAGCGGAACUUAAACUUGGUCAGUUCCACAGCGAGCAUCAAGGAUCUGGCGGACGUGGACCUGCGGAUCGUCAUGUGUCUGAUGUGUGGGGACCCUUCCAGCGCUGACGACAUCCUCUCCCCGGUCCUGCAGUCUCAGACCUGUCAGUCGGCCCAGUGUGGAAGCCACAACUCUGUGUUACUUGAACUGCCCGUUGGGCCGCACCGGAAGCGCAUUGAACUGUCAGUCCUUUCGUACCAUUCCUCGUUCAGCAUCCGGAAGAGCCGGCUGGUCCACGGGUACAUUGUUUUUUACUCCGCCAAACGGAAGGCCUCUCUGGCUAUGCUACGUGCCUUUCUGUGUGAGGUGCAGGACAUCAUCCCCGUGCAGCUGGUGGCCCUCACAGGCGGGGCUCUUGAUGUCCUUGACAAUGACCUCAGCCGGGAGCAGCUGAGUGAGGGGGAGGAGAUCGCGCAGGAGAUUGAUGGGCGGUUCACGAGCAUCCCCUGUAGCCAGCCCCAGCAUCGGCUGGAGCUCUUCCACCCCUUCUUCAAGGACGUGGUGGACAAGAAGAACAUCAUUGAAGCGGCACACAUGUACGACAAUGUUGCUGAGGCCUGCAGCACCGCCGAGGAGGUGUUCAACUCGCCCCGUGCUGGCUCGCCCCUCUGCAACUCGAACCUGCAGGACUCGGAAGAGGACCUCGAGCCCCCUUCUUACAGCCUGUUCCGGGAAGACGCGUCCCUGCCGUCCCUGUGCAAAGACCACUCAAAGCUCUCCAUGGAGCUAGAGGGCAACGACGGGCUGUCUUUCCUCGUGAGCAGCUUUGAGAGCAAACUCAACAACAAAGUACCUCCACCAGUCAGACCAAAGCCUCCCGUCCAUUUCGAUAUCACCAAGGGGGACCUGUCCUACCUAGACCAAGGCCACCGAGAGAGCCAGAGGAAGUCCGUGUCGUCCAGCACCUGGCUCCCUCCUGAUGGCUUUGAUCCUUCUGACUAUGCUGAGCCCAUCGAUGCGGUGGUCAAGCCCCGGAAUGAAGAAGAGAACAUCUACUCAGUGCCCCAUGACAGCACCCAGGGUAAGAUCAUCACCAUUCGGAAUAUCAACAAGGCCCAGUCCAAUGGCAGUGGGAACGGUUCUGACAGUGAGAUGGAUACCAGCUCCUUGGAGCGCGGCCGCAAGGUCUCCAUCGUGAGCAAGCCCGUGCUGUACAGGACGAGAUGCAGCCGGCUCGGGAGGUUUGCUAGUUACCGGACCAGCUUCAGCGUGGGCAGCGACGAUGAACUGGGGCCCAUCCGGAAGAAAGAGGAGGACCAGGCUUCCCAGGGCUUCAAGGGGGACAGCACCGUCAUUCCUUACGAGACUGACGAAGACCCCAGGAGGAGGAACAUUCUCCGCAGCCUGCGAAGGAACACUAAGAAACCAAAGCCUAAACCUCGGCCAUCCAUCACAAAGGCAACCUGGGAGAGCAACUAUUUUGGAGUGCCCUUGACCACUGUGGUGACUCCGGAGAAGCCCAUCCCUGUCUUCAUCGAGAGAUGUAUCGAGUACAUUGAGGCCACAGGACUGAGCACUGAAGGCAUUUACCGGGUGAGCGGGAACAAGUCGGAGAUGGAGAGUCUGCAGAGACAGUUCGACCAAGACCACAACCUGGACUUGGCCGAGAAGGACUUCACUGUCAACACCGUGGCCGGCGCCAUGAAGAGCUUUUUCUCCGAACUGCCCGAGCCCUUGGUCCCCUACGGCAUGCAGAGCGACCUGGUGGAGGCGCACAAGAUCAACGACCGUGAGCAGAAGCUGCACGCACUCAAGGAUGUGCUCCGGCGCUUCCCGCGCGAGAACCACGAGGUCUUCAAGUAUGUCAUCUCGCACCUCAACAAGGUCAGCCACAACAACAAGGUGAACCUGAUGACCAGCGAGAACCUAUCCAUCUGCUUCUGGCCCACGCUCAUGCGGCCCGACUUCAGCACCAUGGACGCGCUGACGGCCACGCGCACCUACCAGACAAUCAUCGAGCUCUUCAUCCAGCAGUGCCCCUUCUUCUUCUACAACCGGCCCAUCAGCGAGGCCCCCGGCGCCGCGCCCAGCUCCCCGUCAGCCCUGGCCGCCGCCGUGCCCUUCCUCACGUCCACCCCGGUCACCAGCCAGCCCUCCCCACCCCAGUCCCCGCCGCCCACCCCGCAGUCCCCGCUGCAGCCCCUGCUCCCCACGCAGCUGCAAGCCGAGCACACGCUGUGAGCCCCGGGACUGGUGGGCGCGGCGAGGUAGGGUGGGGGGCCGCCCCGGGAUUGGGCGCCCCGCAGGACUGAAGGGCCGGUCCCAGGUGCGCACCCCGCUCCCCACCCACUGGACAGAG